CAAAAAAAAAUAGAGGAUGGCGUAGAAAUGACCCGACGAAUCCCGUGAAAGCUCUCCCUCCCUCCCUUCCCUCUCUCUCUCUCUCUCGACCACUCCCGCCCGCUUUCUCCUCUCUAUCCCUCGAUUUUGUCGUUUCAAGCUGCUGAACCUUAAACUCUCUCUCGUUCUAUCUCUGAAAAUCUACGCAUCGUCGAUGAAUUUCCCGGCGCUGCCUAUCGGUCUCUGAAUCUGAACCUUCCUUAUAUUGGAUCUAAAUUUGCAAAGAUUUGCUCCGUUUGUGAGGAACAACCAUGAUUGUGGAUGUCUGUGUAAUGGUGCUGCCUCUUCUCUUUGGCCAUGUGAGGGCAUGCUUGUGCUAUAGCUGGUCAGGUACAGAGUGAAACCCAGAAUUACGACUAUCCGAUCAACUUGGCCAACUUGGUGCGACUUCAACCAUCUGUUAUCUGAGCGGAGUUGACUUGGUCUCAAAAUCAAAGAAAUUAAUGAAAUGUGAAGGCAAAACAGUUUUGACCCUGGACCCCUAUAGGUUUACUUUGGAAAUGGCAAAAGGUUGCAGGGGACGACGCAGGAUUGCUUCCAGACAGCACAGGCCAACCCCCUAUCCCUUGUCAUCUUGUGCUCAAGAUGUUUUGGAUGGUAUUAUUCCAAUGAAACGCUCCAGAGCAUUGGAGAAAGAAGAUUGGGAAGAUGCAUUAUGUUCGGUUUGCAUGGAGUACCCUCAUAAUGCUGUUCUACUCCUUUGUUCAUCUCAUGACAAAGGUUGCCGCCCCUAUAUGUGUGGCACUAGUUGCCGUUAUUCCAACUGCCUCGAUCAGUACAAAAAGGCCUACACUAAAGUGACCGCAGACCAUCAUGGUCACCCCUUGUACAGCUUAUCUGAUCACACAGUUUCCAGUUGGCCAAUUGAGACGGGUGAAGUAACAGAACUUGCGUGCCCCCUUUGCAGGGGUCAGGUGAAGGGAUGGACGGUGGUGGAGCCUGCACGGGAGUAUCUAAAUGCCAAGAGGAGAAGCUGUAUGCAGGAUGACUGCUCCUUUGUUGGAACAUACAAGGAGCUAAGGAAGCACGUAAAGGCAGAGCACCCAUCUGCUCGGCCUCACAAAAUUGAUCCCAUAGUUGAGCAGAAAUGGAGAAAUCUUGAGCAUGAGCGAGAGCGGGAUGAUGUAAUCAGCAUGAUAACAUCAUCAAUGCCUGGUGCUAUGGUUUUUGGAGAUUAUGUUAUAGAUGGUAUUCAUUAUGGUUUUGAUACCGACGAAGAAGAGGGCUUUGAUGCAGAUGCUGCAGACAGGAAUGGGGGUUUGGAGAUUGGAUUUGACAGCAACUGGGUCAAUGUUUUCCUCCUAUUGCAUGCAUUUGGGCCAGUAGGGAAUGUUGGCCUUAAUAGGUGGCAGGGUGCUGUUAGAAUUCGUCACACCUCUCCUGUUGGUGGCAUUGAUUCUUCUAGUCAAGACAAUGACAAUGGCAGUGAUGAAUAUAUAUUUGGGGACAAUGAUGGUGUGGCAUCACCAUUGGCUCAUGAUGCUCAUAAUCAUCGGCGGCGACUGCGAUUGGAUCAAGUGCCAAGGAGAAACAGGCUUAGAGACCCCAAUAGGGGCCAAUGAUAGAUUGGAAUAGUAUGGUUUGGGGAUGGGGUUGAGGGAAGUGGAGUGGAAAGAAAUUCUUAGGUCUUUAGAUUUUAGGUUAUAGAGCAAUGGACAUUUUAAUUUUUUUUAAUUUUUUAUAUUUAUUUUCUUUUGAAACAAAUUUUUUCCCCCUUAGGCCUUGGUGAAUGGGGAUUUGGGGGGUGGGAUGGUGUUUGGUUUGCUGAAUGAUUAGUCUUCUUCAAUGUGCUUGAAGUCGCUACACACUUCUUUUCGACAGUGUGAUGGAAUAUAACUGGAAAAGAGGUGGUGGUACUACCCAUCAUCCCAUUCGCAUUCUGCUAUUCGCCCAGGGUAAAGUAAUGUGUUUAAUAUGAUUAAGGAUUUGGUAUAAUUGACUGUAAUAAUAUAGUGGUUUUAAUUUUUUGAUUUU